UUUGUGUGAGACGACUUGGCAUUGACUGGCCAGGAAAGAACUAUAUGUAUAUACACAUGGGUGCAAGUGGAAGAAGAGAGGACAUAUUAUGAGUGAGAAAUUGAAGCCAGAGAAAUCCUGAGUUUUGGAACUGAAGAGGAGGAAUUCCGGAGCUCUCAAGCAAUACAUAUAUAUAUAUAUAUAUAUAUAUGGAUAAAGAUAACUUGCAAUUGCUAGCGGAUUAUCCAGUUGUGAUGGAAAGCAUGGCCUGCUCCAUAACCGGUGAAUCCACUGGAAAAGAACCAAAAUGCGAGGAGUUAGUCAUUGACAUACCACUAAUCGAUGAACCUGCACAGUGGCCUGAGUGCUGCAUCUACAAGGUUCCCAACAAACUUCGUAAGGUAAAUGAAGCAGCCUUCACUCCUAAGUUAGUUUCAAUCGGCCCAUUUCAUCAUGAUCUAAAAGAAUUGAGCGGCAUGCAAAAGCAAAAACAUAUAUAUUUUAAGGAAUUCUACUUGCGGACUGGGAAGAGCCAGAAGGAACUUGGAAGCAUCAUUGAAAAAGAAGAAGAAAAAAUCCGCCAUUACUAUUCAGAGACCUUUACAAAGCUGAACAGAAAAAUGUUUGUGGAAAUAAUUCUAUUAGACGCUAUAUUUAUCAUUGAGCUCUUCCUCAGAAAUUAUGAAGGCAAAAAACAUGAUUAUAUAUUAAGUAAUGCGUGGCUAGAAUCUCACAUAAAGCAGGACUUGAUAUUACUGGAGAAUCAGCUUCCAUUUAAGUUUCUCAAAAAGUUAUAUGAGUUUGCCUGCAAUGGAGAACAAGUUAUAAUUACUCCCUUUCUCGAGCUUGCCUGUAAGUUCUUCUUCUCCGGUAAGCACCGAAUAUCCAUGGACAAGAAAGUAAAACAUUUCACUGAUUUGCAGAGAAUGUUUUACUGUCCUACGGAGUACUCAAAACCUGAUAAAGAAGAACAUAUAGAACAUCUAAGAUAUACAUCCACAAAGCUUGACGAGGCAGGAUUGCAGUUCCAACCAUUAGUUGACAUAGAUUUGAAUAAGAAAUCCAUGCUUGACAUAAAAUUCUCUAAGGCUGAGUGCUUAGAAAGCUAUCCAUGCUUCAAUCUCUCAUGGCUCUUCUCUUGCUUACCAUGCUUGAAAUCCUUUCGUUGCUUUAAGAAUGUGCAGUGUUUUUUGAAAGUCCCACAACUUGUCAUAGACGACCAAACGGAACCUCUUUUCCGAAACCUCAUGGCCUUGGAGCAGUGUCAUUAUCCAUCUGACACAUACAUCUGCAAUUAUGUUUUGUUGUGGGAUUGUCUUAUCACCACUAAAGAAGAUGUGUGUUUGCUAGUUGAUAAAAAGGUGAUUGUAAACAGGCGCGGCAGCAGCAAAGCAGUGACUACUCUGAUCAACACACUUGGCCAUCAAAUUGUUGAACGUGAAUCAUAUUACCACGAUCUUUAUAAAAGGCUUAAUGAGCACUGUGAUAACUCUUGGAACCGUCUUGUGGCAUCCCUAACAAGUGUAUAUUUUCGCGAUUUUUGGAGAGGUACUGCAACUAUUGCUGGAAUUCUUGUCUUGGGUUUUACUUUCGGGAACUUCCUUAGGCCUUUUGUCAUGAAGCAUUGAAGCAUUUGUGUUUGUACGUUGGAGUGCUUUGCUUUUAGCUCUAAUGGAUUGGAUUGCAUCUCAACUUUGUAAUUAUUUUUAGCUUGUGAUAUGUUCUAUUAUUAGUACUAUGUACGUCCUGAUGGAGUCCUGUAUUUCAGAAAUUAGAAUCUAUUCUCCGUUAUAAGCAUUA